GCCGGCCCUGAACGCGGUCCCGCCCGGCGCCUUCCUUCGCGGAGCGGCGACCCGAGCGCGGCCCGGCCGAGCGCGCGGGAGCUCCCCGACGGCGCGCCGCGCCUCCCGCACCGCACCCGGCCCCGCCGGCUCCGGCCCCACGCGGACCGCGAGGCCCCUCGGUCCCCGCUCUGUCCCCGCUGCGUCCGGCUCGGUCCCGCUCCGUCCCCGCUGCGCCCCCCGCUCUGUCCCCACUGCGCCCCACUCUGCCUCCACUGCGUCCCCGCUCCGUCCCCGCUCGGUUCCGGCAGUGUCCCCGCUCUGUCCCCCGCUCGGUCCCCGCAGUGUCCCCCGCUCGGUCCCCGCAGUGUCCUGCUGCGUCCCGCCCGCCGAUCCCCGGCGAUGCUGCGCGGCGCCGCCUGGGCGCUGCUCCUGGCCGCCGCCCUGGGGCUCGGGGUGCGCGGGGUGCGCGGCGCGGUGGCCCUCGCCGACUUCUACCCGUUCGGCACGGAGCGCGGCGACGCUGUCACCCCCAAGCAGGACGACGGCGGCUCGGGGCUGCAGCCGCUCUCCGUGCCCUUCCCGUUCUUCGGCGCCGAGCACUCCGGACUCUACGUGAACAAUAACGGAGUCGUCUCCUUCCUGAAGGAGGUCUCUCAGUUCACCCCCGCGGCCUUCCCCAUCGCCAAGGACCGCUGCGUGGUGGCAGCCUUCUGGGCAGACGUGGACAAUCGGCGUGCAGGUGACGUGUACUACAGGGAGGCCACUGACCCUGCCACGCUGCGCAGAGCCACAGAGGAUGUCAGGCGCUACUUCCCCGAGCUCCAGGACUUCUCCGCCACCUGGGUCUUCAUAGCCACCUGGCACCGUGUGACCUUCUUUGGAGGCAGCUCCUCUUCCCCCGUCAACACGUUCCAGACUGUGCUCAUCACUGACGGCAAGUUCUCCUUCACCAUCUUCAACUACGAGUCCAUCACGUGGACCACAGGCACACACGCCAGCAGCGGGGGUGACACCACUGGCCUGGGAGGGAUCGCGGCCCAGGCUGGCUUCAAUGCAGGUGACGGGCGGCGCUACUUCAGCAUCCCCGGCUCACGCACCGCGGACAUGGUCGAGGUGGAGACCACCACCAACGUGGGCGUGCCCGGGCGCUGGGCGUUCAGAAUCGAUGAUGCCCAGGUGCGCGUGGGGGGCUGCGGCCAUACAACCUCCGUGUGCCUGGCCCUGCGUCCCUGUCUCAACGGCGGCAAGUGCAUUGACGACUGCAUCACGGGCAACCCCUCCUACAGCUGCUCCUGCCUCUCAGGCUUCACCGGGAGGCGGUGUCACCUGGACGUUAACGAAUGUGCUUCCGAUCCAUGUCAGAACGGCGGGACCUGCACACACAGCAUCAACAGCUUCAGCUGCCGAUGCCCAGCCGGCUUCGGGGGUCCCACCUGUGAGACAGCACUGUCUCCAUGUGACACCAGAGAGUGUGAGAACGGCGGCCGGUGCCAGGCGGAGAGCGGCUCGGCGGUGUGCCUGUGCCAGGCCGGCUACACGGGCACGGCCUGCGAGACGGAUGUGGACGAAUGUGCCUCGGGCCCGUGCCUGAACGGAGGCUCGUGUGUGGACCUCGUGGGGAAUUUCACCUGCCUGUGCUCAGAGCCGUUCGCGGGACCUCGCUGCGAGACAGGAAGCCACCCGGUGCCCGACCCCUGCCUCUCAGCCCCUUGCCAGAACGGGGGCACCUGUGUGGAUGCAGAGGAGGGCUACGUGUGCGAAUGCCCCCAGGGCUUCACUGGCCUCGACUGCAGGGAGAGAACCCCUGAGCACUGUGGGUGCCGCAAUGGUGGCAGAUGCCUAGAGGCCAACACCACCCUCUGCCAGUGUCCCCCAGGGUUCUUUGGGCUCCUCUGUGAAUUUGAAGUCACAGCCACGCCCUGCAACAUGAACACGCAGUGCCCGGACGGGGGCUACUGCAUGGAGUACGGGGGGAGCUACCUCUGCGUCUGCCACACUGACCACAACGUCAGCCACUCACUGCCAUCACCCUGUGACUCGGACCCCUGCUUCAACGGAGGCUCCUGUGACGCCCAUGAGGACUCCUACACUUGCGAGUGCCCCCGAGGGUUCCAUGGCAGGCACUGCGAGAAAGCCCGGCCACGCCUGUGCAGCUCGGGGCCCUGCCGGAACGGGGGCACGUGCAAGGAGGCAGGCAGCGAAUACCACUGCAGCUGCCCCUACCGCUUCACCGGGAGGCACUGCGAGAUCGGGAAGCCAGACUCAUGUGCCUCGGGCCCCUGUCACAAUGGCGGCACCUGCUUUCACUACAUCGGCAAAUACAAGUGCGACUGUCCCCCAGGCUUCUCCGGGCGGCACUGCGAGAUAGCCCCAUCCCCCUGCUUCCGGAGCCCCUGCUCGAAUGGGGGUACCUGUGAGGACCUAGGCACAGAUUUCUCCUGCCGCUGCCGAGCAGGGUACAUGGGACGCCGGUGCCAGGCGGAGGUGGACUGCGGCCCCCCAGCGGAGGUGAAGCAUGCCACGCUGCGUUUUAACGGCACCCGGCUGGGCUCGGUGGCCCUGUACAAGUGUGACCACGGCUACAGCCUGAGCUCCCCCAACCACGUCCGAGUCUGCCAGCCACAGGGCGUCUGGAGCGAACCUCCACAGUGCCACGGGAGACGGACAGCGCAGCUGAACAAGCUGACCUUGACCUCCUCUCGCAGCCCCUCCUUCUGCAGCCUCCGCCUCAGGGGUGGAGGAGGUUGGGUGGAGAGAGUCACAUCCCGACCACCCCUGGCCCUGUGCUCCAAGCCAGCAGAGGGAGGGGAGAGGCCUUUGGGGUACACUGACGGACGAGCCCUGUGCCCUCCACACCUAGAGACAGAUGAGUGCCAAAUGCAGCCUUGCAGAAAUGGAGGCUCCUGCAGGGACCUCCCGGGGGCCUUUGUCUGCCAGUGCCCCGCAGGCUUCACUGGAGUCCACUGCGAGACAGAGGUGGAUGCCUGCGACUCCAGCCCCUGCCAGCACGGAGGCCGGUGUGAGAACGGUGGCGGGGCCUACCUGUGCGUCUGCCCAGAGGGCUUCUUCGGCUACCACUGCGAGACAGUGAGCGACCCCUGCUUCUCCAGCCCCUGUGGGGGCCGCGGCUACUGCCUGGCCAGCAACGGGUCCCACAGCUGCACCUGCAAAGUGGGCUACACGGGCAAGGAUUGCGCCAAAGAGCUCUUCCCGCCAACGGCCCUCAAGGUGGAGCGAGUGGAGGAGAGUGGGGUGUCCAUCUCCUGGCGUCCACCUGAAGGUCAGGCCGCCAGGCAGAUGCUUGACGGCUACGCGGUCACCUACGCCUCCUCGGACGGUGCCUACCGCCGCACAGACUUCGUGGACCGGAGCCGCUCCUCACACCAGCUCCGGGCCCUGGCAGCCGGCAGAGCCUACAACAUCUCCGUGUUCUCUGUCAAGCGCAACGCCAACAACAAGAAUGACAUCAGCAGGCCGGUGCUGCUCCUCACCCGCACACGACCCCGCCCCGUUGAGGGCCUUGAGGUCACCAACGUGACAGCCAGCACCAUCUCAGUGCGGUGGGCUCUGCACAGGAUCCGUCACGCAACUGUCAGCGGCGUUCGUGUGUCCAUCCGGCAUCCCGAGGCCCAGGAGGACCAGUCCACCGAUAUGGACAAGAGCGUGGACAAGUUCACGUUCGGGGCCCUGCUGCCAGGAAGGAGAUACACCAUCCACGUGACUGCCCUCAGUGGGCUCGGGGGACAGGAGCCUCCCACCGAGAGUCUGGCCUCGGCCCCGCUGCACGUGUGGACGCGGCCCCUGCCACCAGCAAACCUGACCGCCGCCAGAGUCACGGCCACCUCUGCCCACGUGGUCUGGGACAACCCCACCCCAAGUACCUUGCUGGAGGCAUACGUCAUCAACGUGACCACCAGCCAGAGCACCAAAAGCCGCUACGUUCCCAACGGAAGGCUGACGUCCUACACGGUGAGGGACCUGCUGCCAGGGCGGCGGUACCAGCUCUCGGUGACAGCCGUGCAGAGCGCAGAGGGCGACCAACUGCACAGCGAGCCUGCUCACCUCUACAUCAUCACCUCCCCAAGGGACGGCGCUGACAGACGCUGGCACAGGGAGGGACUCCAUCCACGGGUGCUCAGAAACAGACCGCCCCCCGUGCGCCUGCCGGAGCACCUGCUCAGUGACCGUGACGCCCCCGAAGCUCAGACCCCGGCCCCCAGGUUCUCGGAGCUUGUGGACGGCAGAGGGCGAGUGAGUGCCAAGUUUAGUGGCUCACCUGGCAAAUCGGUCACCGUGAGAUCACAACCCACGGCUCUGGCGCAGCUCGAGAACACGGAGGAGGCCCCCAAGCAGGUGCCUGAGCAAGUCGGCCUGGCCCUCCAGCUCCCUGAACGCAGCAGCGACAAGGACACGGAAAACACUCCUGGGAACUGUUCAGAAAACCCCUGUCAGAACGGAGGCACCUGCGUGCCAGGUGUGGACACCAACAGCUGUGACUGCAGCCCAGGGUUCAAAGGCAGACGCUGUGAGCUGGCCUGCACCAAGGUGCCGCAGCCCUGCACUAGGCUCUUCUCCGAGACCAAGGCCGUGCCCGUCUGGGAAGGAGGAGCCUGCCACCACGUGUACAAGAGAGUCUACAAGCUGCACCAGGACAUCUGCUUCAAAGAGAGCUGCGAAAGCACGAGCAGCAAGAGAGCCCCGAACAGGAAACAAAGUAACAACAGUCCGACACAGAAGAAAUCUUAGGUACAGGAUUCAGGACGUCCUUGUUACACUCCAUCAACCUCGCGAGCUUCCAGAGCCCAGAAAGACGGGGCUAAAAGUGGACUGAGACGGGCACCUGAGACAUCAGGUCCUGGUUAGCGCCCGUCCCCUCUGCAGCUUCCCUCCCCCGCCUCUACGAGACAGACGGCCAAGGCCACGCCAGGGACGCCCUCUGGGCUGAGUCACCUCCAGGCUCCGCAACGCUUCUAGCAGCCCGUGCUGUAAGCCUGGCUGCCGUUUCCUACGGGGACAGCCCAGGCAUCGGCCCGGAUAAGCGAGGCAGCCAGCCAGGAACGCUCCUGCGACAUCCAGACACCCGCUCUGGGACUCCGAGGUCGGGGGGCAGUUCUCCCCCGGAGACCUCACAGUCACGCUGAGGACGAGCCGCUGUCAAGCCCCCCAGGCAGAGGCGGCGGCGCCAGGAAGGCGCCGCGAUGAGGCGCCACCGCGAGGGAAGCCGAGGGCUGGGUGCCCACCGGACCCUCCUCCACCAUCGCCCCCGCUCGUCUGCUGCAGGCGCAACCCGGCACCCGGUCCAGCAGAUUGGAAAGAGAAAGUACAAUAAAUACAAAGAUGGGGUUUACACACUUCCAGCCUCCAACCCUUUCCCAAACAGCGACUAUUUUUGGCUCCGUGGACCAGACGGUCUCCGCGGCAACGACUCAGCUCCGCGUUCACAGCAGCGCUGCCACAGACGUGUGACCGGACGGGUGUGGCUGUGUUCCGGUAAGACCUCAUCUACCCACUUGGCUAAGCCCCACUCGAUCGGGUCACCCAGGCCUCAGCCUCGCGCAGAGAAAGCCAUGCCCCGAUGACGCACCUCGGCAGCAAAGACCCCAGAGCUGCACGGAAGCCCCGCGCGAGCCCCCCAACUCGGGAAGCCGAGGGGGUACCCACGGCGCACAGCAGGGGCUCCUUCCUCCUCUCGGGGCCGGGUGCCACAGAGACCCGAUCACGCCGGAGAUGCUCAGCCUGUGCCUUGAGCGACACUGCUGUAGGCGGUCGGCUCGCGGCUGUUCACACACUUCGUCUCUGCAAGCAGGGGGCCGUGCAGCCUCGCCACAUAUGCCUUCCAGAGUCUUCUACCAGCAGCCUUCUCCCUGAGGAGGCCAAAAGCAAGCAAGCCAACCCACCUCGAGUCGCGUACAUUUUAGGAGCCGACCCAACAUGAGCUCGAGCCCCUGGGCGCCUCCCAUGGACACUGCCCCAAGUCAGCAUUCCAGCACAGAGAGGGCUCCUUCCCGUCAUCUUUUCUAAGAACACUUUUUUGAAGAGUUAGAGUAUAUUUUAGGCUUUUUGUUUUCAUUAAAAUUUUGUGUGCAUAUGUCUGUGUAUUAUGCCAUUUGUCCUUUUCAGAAAGGAAAGACGGUCAUUUCAAGAGCGUCCCCAGUGACCCAGGCCCGCCUGGAGAAGACGGGGGAGCUCACUGCGGGCUCCGGCACUGGGGGAGUAAGAGGAGACCACGUACAGACACGCGUACUGCUGACUUCUGCUGUGUCCCUGGGACCUGUCGCUGUGUGCCUACGGAAAGCUACAGCAUCACCAGCAAGUGGCGAGGUCAAGUGAUAUCACUGGAAAAGUAGAUGAAACUUUCUACUGCGAUGCUAAUGACCUCAAGCCCCUCAGCCGUGAGGCGAACACUAGCGUGUUUCAGUUUUUAACUCAGAAACGUUUGUUUCUACAAGAAACAGUCUACUGAAUCCUGAGCUUGGUGCCGUCUUAUGAUGAAUUCAUCGUGAUGUUUUACAAAUCUAGUAAAUCUAGUGAAAACAUCUCCUGAUGCUAAAGGAAUCACAAUUCAUCCUGGAAACAUCCUAAAUGAGACACUGCUUUUUUCACCAGUUCUUUCACAAAACUGUAGCGUCUUCCUCAAACAUACACUCAAACUCCACCUGAAGAAAUCAGUCAUAAUGCAAAUCAGAAAACUACCAGGUGCGUAGAAAUUUACUUCUGCAUCAAAACGCAAGGAGCAAUCAUGAAUUGCUAGGUUAGCCAUUCCAGUCAUAGAAAUUUGUAAUUCUGCUUAGUCCCCCGACUGGACACAAGAGCCCAUCUGAGGGAGAGUACUGGUCACUCGGACGCCACAAAACAGAAAAGUGAAAACGCCAGCAGAGUGAAAUGCUCUCGUUUUCACAUAACCUUGCCCACGGCCGAGAGCCCAGUGAAGACAAAACCUUCCUCCCGCCGCCGCAUGUGGGCUGCCACAGAAGCAAUCCCUCACCCAUCCUGCUGCUCUCCCUCCGGCAAACCCAGGGCCAGCCACCUCCAGCACCUGCCUUGGCAGGGACUCUCCUGCCGGCCAGCUACUGCCACGACACUGGCCUCCGACACCACACAGGGACUCACUGGGCUACUUUCCUUCCGCCGAACGUGGCUCUGUGUGGUCACGCUCACACAUGAGCCCGGAGAAAACAGAAGUACCUUGGUGCUGAGUCCCCACAGCAAACAGAGCUCAGACUACAAGAACAUUCCAGUGCAUGGGGGAACGGAACGCAAACACGCAGCUACUGACUUCUCUCUUAAAUACAAGAAAUGUAACAAACGUAAGCCUGCUUACAAUCCACCGGACCAGGCUUUAGAGCAGCUCCUUGGCCACGGCCCCGCUGACACCCCAGCUGGAUGGUUCUGCACUGAGGCCGUCACGGGCCUGGCAGGAUGUUGAACGGCAGCGCUCGCCUCCACUAGAUGCCAACGGCACCCUCCCUUGGUCCUAACAACCGAGACAUUCUCAGAUGUUGCCAGACGUUCCCCGGGGUCAAGAUCGCCACAGGUGGGAACCGCUGCCCCACAGGAUGCCUGCACAGUCUCUGCUGGAAAAAUAAGGCCGAGCACCAGAACUUUCACAUGGUUGUUAAAAUGCUGCCAAGACCUGAUUUUGGCUGCAUCACCAAAAACGUCUUCUGCGUCACCAACCCCGCGCCGGCUCCCCCGAAGGGAGGGACACCAGGACGUUCCGAGGUGUACCAGCCCUCCCUCGCGGAGCCCAGACCAUCAGGGCUGGGCCUCUACCUCAGAGAUGACUUCUAUCACAUUCCGCUCUUUAAAUCACCCCUGAGGCCCACCGGGUUCCCCGAGGGGACUCCCAGCACCAUGCUGUCGUGGGGCCCCCUGAAGGAGACCAGGUCCCGCCCCGCCAAAGACCCCACGUGACUCCUCUUCUCCUCUGGUCUCAGGAGCCACUUGUGUGAAACGGGCGAUAGGGAGAUGACAGAUCAGACCGCCCCAGCCCCUUCCUGUUCUGGCGCACUCCAGGCCACAUUCCUGUGGCUGCCAGAGCCUUCAGGCCUGGAUGUGGCCCACCGGCCGGCCGUGAGCUCGCAGGGAAGCCAACUUUCCUGAGAGGUCAGAGCCAGGGCCUCGUCCUCACAGACAUAGAGAGCGGCCCCCCAACCCUCCACUGGCAUCAAGAAGCUGUGCGAGAUGAAAACACACAUCGCUAACAACUCCCUUUACGCUGCCGGGUGCUGAAUGCAGUUAGGAAGCAAUAUGUGUGGAUGGAAAACACGAGUGUUUCCGUGGGAAACCGGCUACUUGUUUUCAUAGAAUAAAGCGCUGUGAUGUACAAAAGCC